GCUGACCCCACGUCACCACCGAGAACCUCAAAUCCCAGAAUUUUCGUAACCUACAUUUACUCGUGCCAUUGGUCAGCCGAGAAUCUCACCAUCUGACGAGAUUAUUCAAUUGUUCAUCUGACCUCUAAUCAAAAUGAUGGCAAAUUGCAUGAGAAAAAUUGGCCAAGAGGCCUCAAGACGUAAUUACGCUACAUGGAAAGAGGUAUUCUCGGCCUUCUCAAGUGGCAAAAAUGGAUACGCGACAGAAGCCUCCUUCGAGACAAAGCCCUACAGACUCCAUAAAUUAGACUCUGGCCCAUCAACCCAAGUCUCUUGCACUAGGGAAGAUGCACUCGAGCUCUACAAAAAGCUACACACCAUUAGACGAAUGGAGACUGCUGCUGGCAAUCUUUACAAGGAGAAGAUCAUUCGAGGAUUCUGCCAUCUUUAUUCUGGCCAAGAAGCUUGUGCAGUAGGAAUGUCAGCAGCCCUGAAGCCCCAGGACUCUGUAAUUACUGCGUACAGAGCCCACGGUUGGACAUAUCUCAUGGGAAUUCCUCCUGUUGGUGUUUUAGCUGAAUUGACUGGACGACAGAGUGGAAAUGCCAGAGGAAAAGGUGGCUCCAUGCACAUGUACGCCAAGAAUUUCUACGGAGGAAAUGGAAUUGUUGGUGCCCAGGCGCCCCUGGGUGCGGGCAUAGGCUUUGCCCAUAAAUACAAAAAAGAUGGUGGAGUUUGUCUAGCCCUUUAUGGUGAUGGAGCAGCUAAUCAGGGACAAAUUUUUGAGGUCUACAACAUGAGUAAAUUAUGGGACGUUCCAAUCAUAUUUGUCUGUGAAAAUAACGGAUAUGGAAUGGGUACCAGUGCUGAUAGAGCAGCAGCAAGUACAGAGUAUUACACUCGUGGUGAUUAUGUUCCUGGAAUUUGGGUCGAUGGUAUGGAUGUUCUGGCUGUUAGGGAAGCCACUAGAUUUGCUCUAGCUUAUUGUAGAGCUGGCAAGGGUCCCCUUGUUAUGGAGACUGUCACCUACAGGUACAGUGGUCACAGUAUGUCCGAUCCUGGUACUAGUUAUAGAACUAGGGAGGAAAUUCAGGAAGUACGACAGACACGUGAUCCCCUCACUAGUUUCAAGGAGAAAAUUCUAAAUGCUAACCUCGUCACCGCUGAUGAAUUAAAGACGAUGGAAGCAGAAAUAAGGAAAGAAAUCGACGAAGGAGUGAAGUACGCAAAGGCUGACAAAGAAAUUGGCAACCACGAGCUGACAACCGACAUCUACGUGAAUUGUCUCGAGCCAGAAAUUCGCAACGUAACGCCAUUUGAGUCCCUCAAGCACAGCCGACUGGGACCAGCAGUGAACGCAUCGUAAAAAAAUGAAGUAACAAAGUUAGUUAAUUUCUUUUGAUAAAAACAAACAAGACCAAUGUUUUGAAAAGAAUCGAGAACGAACGACACAAUUUAAUCAUUAAAUUAUUGAUGAUUAUCGGUGCACGAGGUAAUUGCAAGAAUUGUUCAAUUGCAAGAUCGGGAUAUCUCGCUGACAAUUCCAACUAGAUUAAUUACGAACGAGGAGUUAGUGAUAAUGAUUGUUCAAUCGAUUGCUUGUCAUUCUGCCACUGUAGACUGUAAAUAAAUAAAGAAUUUCGUUGUAGAAGUGACAAAAAAAAAUCUUUCAGUCUAAUUGUAGAAUUAUCUUUGGAAGGAGUUGGCUCAGAUUAAAAUGUCAAUAAACAUUUUUUAUCGGAAAUUUAAUUCACUCUAAAAAUCCUCUAAGACCACUCGUUACCGAGACCAUUCUGAAAUUAGAAAGAAAUUGAUGAAAAAAUAUUUGUCACUUUGUUACUGAAUUGUCAAGUGAAUGAGCAUCGUACGUGAAUAAUAAUCUCAGAAUCUAUGAAACAAUUGUAUGAUGUCUUGUACCUGAUCACAAUAUCAUAUUCUCGUUCAACGAGAUCGUAAAUAAAUUAUUAAAGUGAUUUUGUGGGAAUCUAUGAAA